AAAUGGCUGUGUAGGGAGCUGAGAGUUAUGUGCGGCAAAAGAAAGAAAGGGAGAGAGAAAGAAAGCGGAUUGGGAGUGAACCGGGCAAGUGGAAGACUUCAAGCAUUGAGGGAGAGAAACUGAAAGAUAAGGAAAUUAGCUGUCUACAUUUCGACGUGUUGAACAGUUAAAGUGCCGCAACAGCGAGAUUUUGAAGAAAUAUCUGCGGGUUGUCACUGUCCAGAAUGUGAGGAGCCUGAGAAAAUCAACAACUGUUGGACUGUCCUACUUUGCCUCCAUCCCCACAGUCGAGAGGUUGACUGAAGAGACCAACACUGGGCCUCAGUUAGGUUUCGAGCUGUCUAGCUUGUUUUUGCUGCUUGAAGGAGCAUGUUGCCAACGCUGUCCCUCUGCUCCAUCAUUUGGUUAAACCGGGGUAUCAAGCUGAGGAAAGUGCUCCACUGCGCCAACACCGGCCAGCUCUAAGACAGGAGCACCCUACCUACAUUGCUGUAUAGACUCGGCCAUUUCAGCAAUGCUUCUAAGCUUCAGUUGAUAGUUCUUUGGCCCUAAACGACCACUACUCCAAGCAAAAUCAUCAUCAUCGUUUCCUGGUUGCCGUAGCAUUGUGCCAAUUUUCGCAUUCUCUCGGCGUCUUCAGCAGCUUUUAUCGGUUUCUUAAAAUGGCGGUCGAUGGUUUCCAGUAUCGUGCCCUCUACAUCUACACCAAGGACUUGGAGGAGGACAUUGACCUGCAGCCCGGGGACAUUCUGACUGUCAGCAAGGCCUCCCUGUGCUUCAAGGAGUGGCAUGAAGAGCGUCCCGAGCUCCUGGGCUGGCUGCUGGGCUUCAACGAACGCACUAAGCAGAGGGGGGACUUCCCGGGGACAUAUGUCCAGUUUGUGGGCCCUGUGAGGAUGGCACCGCCGCCCAGUCAGCCUCGCUCCCAAAGACUCCUCCCAGCAGCCCCGGGGCCUGAGCCACAACAAGAUGUUUCUCUUCUGGAUUUGACCGAGCAGUUUACACUGCCAGAAACUGCUCCCCACACCCUGGUGAACCUAGUAGAGGCCAUUGAGAAGAAAGGUCUGGACUGCAAGACACUGUACAGGACACCUGUGGCAUCCUCCAACUCGGAGAGCCCAACACAGAGCUGGAGUGGUGAGGUGGAGUCGGGUAGUGACGUGGGCGCCUUGUCGGAGCGUGUGGUCCGCUACCUGAGGGAGCUGCCGUCCCCCGUCAUCCCCCCUGGUGUUUACCCAGACCUGCAGGCUGCGCUGCAGCACGGCGCCGCGGACUUGGUGGCAAGCAGCAGUGGAGGCAGGGAGCUGAGCCUGGUCCUGGAGAGGGCCACUAGUGUGCCCCUGCACCAUCGCCUCACUCUGCAGUACCUACUCACACACCUGGACAAGGUGGGCCAGGGCUCCCAGCUCAACGGCCUGGACCCUCACACCCUGGGCCUGGUCUUUGGGCCGCUGCUGAUCCGGCCCAGCUCUGCUACUGGGUGGGAGGUGGGGGAGGAGUUCCCUGCACUAGCGCUGGAGAGGCUGCUGAUGGAGAGGGCCUUGGGACAGGAAGUCCCGCCCCCUGCUCUACCAGUCAAGCCAAUGAAGGCCAAAACCACGACUCCAGCCAUGACUGAGACUCACAUACUGAGUGAUUCCGAGUGGUACUGGGGGGAAAUCUCCAGGGAGGAGGUGAACGAGAAGAUGAGAGACACCCCUGACGGGACGUUCAUGGUCCGUGACGCCUCCAGCAAACUGGAAGGAGAGUACACACUGACCCUCAGGAAAGGAGGCAACAACAAGCUGAUAAAGAUCUGCCACCGGGGCGGUCGCUAUGGCUUCUCCGAGCCGCUCACCUUCACCACGGUGGUGGAGCUCAUCAACCACUACCGCCACGAUUCCUUGGCCCAGUACAACGCUAAGCUAGACACCCGACUCCUCUACCCCGUCUCCAAAUACCAACAGGAGCAGUUGGUGAAAGAGGACAGCAUUGAGGCGGUGGGCGAGCAGCUGAAGGUGUACCACGAGCAGUACCAGGAGAAGAGCCGGGAGUACGACGUGCUCUACGAGGAGUACACACGCACCUCACAGGAGCUCCAGAUGAAGCGCACGGCUAUCGAGGCCUUUGGCGAGACCAUCAAGAUCUUCGAGGAGCAGUGUGAGACCCAGGAGCGCUACAGCAAAGAGUCCAUCGAGAAGUUCCUACGCGAAGGCAACGACAAGGAGAUCCAGAAGAUCCAGAGCAACUCGGAGCGUCUAAAGUCUAGGGUGACGGAGAUUCACGACAGCAAGAGAAAGCUGGAGCAGGAUCUGAAGCAGCAGGCCACUGAUAACCGAGAGAUUGACAAGAGGAUGAACAGCCUGAAGCCGGACCUCAUUCAGCUAAGGAAGAUCAGGGACCAGUACCUGGUAUGGUUGACACAGAAGGGGACGAGGCAGAAGAGUAUAAAUGAGUGGCUGGGCAUAAAGAACGAGGCAGAAGACUCAUACUCGCUGGUGGAGGAGGAUGAGGGCUCAUCCCACCACGACGAGUGCACAUGGUACGUGGGCGACAUCAAGCGCACCCAGGCAGAGGAGCUGCUUAGGGACAAGUGUGACGGCACCUUCCUCAUCCGAGAGAGCCAGACGCAGAAGGGCUCCUACGCUUGCUCCGUGGUUGUGGACGGUGACGCCAAACACUGCGUCAUCUACAAGACGGAUAAAGGCUACGGCUUCGCCGAACCUUACAACCUCUACGGUUCCCUGAAGGACCUGGUGCUCCACUACAAGCAAGAGUCCCUGGUCCAACACAACGACCAGCUGAAUGUAACCCUGGCCUACCCAGUCCUCACCCAGACCCUGCCGCAGCACCCUAGAUGAAGGGCAGUGUGACACAACGACCCCCAACGGUGACCAGCACUUCCAAAGCAUGGGGGGGGGGGCACACUCAUUACGUACCACAGUACCAGCCGCAGUAAACAUGAGACGAAAACCCUGUUUGUAGAAUGAAAACAACAUAAGCACACCGUUAUGAUGGAAGCUUUCAGACCAUAGUUAGAAGAGCAAGAAGGAGCGAGAGUCGGGGAACUGGAGGUUAAAGAUACUGGAUGGAGCUCAGUUUUUUUUUUUUUUUUGCCUUGGCACCCACUUACCCUUCUAGGCAAAGGCCUGAGCUGUCAUCCCCAGUAAGGACUUGGCUAACCUGGCUGCUCACCACACUGCACUUCACAACAACGAGAUCUAAGAGACGGAGGGGGGCAAUCCAGCUUUCAGAUACAUGGUCCUGGAAAGGUGGGGUGAAGUGGCUGGACAAACCAGUUACUUUCUAUUAAAAGCUUGCCAUAGAAAGAGCCUUGAUUGACCACAAGCCUGUGUUGGGAAAGAGGGGAACUAUGUAGGGUGGGAUGCUGGGGUAGGGAGAGGGGGGCAUGACAGAAAGCUUUAGAAAAAUGUAUUUUUAAAAGUUCAAUUUACUUGUCUCCUCCAGUUUGUUGUAAGAUCAACAUUCUUUAUAAAAAUAGACAUGGUAUAUUUGUUGUAUUGUGAUAGAUAUUCACAAUAGAUCAAAUAUAUAUAUAUAUCCCUUUCCGUUUCCAUUUAAUCAUGGGUAGUGGAGAAAUCCCUGCAAGCUCGUUUCUUAUUUCAAAUGUUCUCUUCAAGUGCUUUCUUUUAUACUGUAGCCUAUAGCCAUGAUGGACUAAGGUAUUACUGUUAGUAUUCUUGAGAUGUUCUCAUUUCUAUGCUAAUACACUCGCAGAUCAUCGACCUAUCAGAUCUUAACUCUCAGUAGUGAAUGGCUUAGUCUCUAGGAAGCCUAUGCAGUGUUCUUUUCACAAGCGCUUGCUUUUAUGUCGCAGUGUCACUACUACUCACGGUACUUCCUCUUUUGAGCUUGACUGUUGUUUUUAUUUGACACGAGCUUGAUUCACAGAGCUGUAGCACGUUGUUGUACAAAAUGGAGAAAAAAAUGUUGGUCGUUUAUAUGAUCCAUAUAUCUACCGACAGUAACAGGCAGUGUGACUGUCAAACAGAAAGUAUUGAAUGGUUUUCUUUUCAAGUGUGUGUGUGUGUCUCGUCGCAUGGUAUCCAGCUAAACGUGAUCCCAAAUGAAGGAUGUCUUGUCAUGUAGCAACAAAAAAAAAAAGAUUGGAUCCGUUUUGACAGUAAGCAUGACCACGGAGGGCCGGGGGAUUUUCCACAAGUACCAUAUGCAUGAAAAUACUUCUUUUGUUUAGUACCUAGACAACUUGCUCUAGUACUUGUGCUGUUUUAAGUGCAUACGUCUUGUGUACUAGACCUGUAUAAUGCGCAAACAAUAUUAAGUGAAUAAGAAUACAUAUAGAUUUACAGACACACUGUCGAAGUGAAUUCCCUUCGCGGGUACUGUGCAGUACAUUUGUCGUGCGGCUUAAAGGACUUCCUCUUGCCCACUCGUUCUAUCCCUUGAUUCGUUACUAAAAGCCUCAUGUAAUGACACCGAGGAUAUUGAGGAUUUUAAACGUGGUGGCGCUUUUUAGAUUUCUUGAGAAAGAGGAAACUUCCCAGAGAAAGGGAGUUUUGUUCUUUUUUUGUAGAAUGUGCAUAAAAAUAUGUCUCACGGUGGGCGCUCCUUUUGGGUCGUUUUAAACAUGAUCAUUUGCUCAGAGCAGAUGUAUUUUUCCCGUGUUGGUUGUACAGUUUAAGUACGAUACAUGGAUACUGCAACUGAAUAGUCAUGCUAUUGGAUUGGUUAACUAGUUGGAGGAAAUUGGGAGUAAUUUGGUUUGGGUUAUUGUCACAUUUUAAUUGGAAGUUGCAUAUUGGUGAGAGCAUUUUGUGUUCAAAAUGUAUUUUUGGUACAAAUAUUAUUAGAAGAAAAUAAUUAUCUAAAGGAAAAAUAGCUUGGUACUGUAUAGUAGUGUUUUGCACAGUUCUUGGCCAGAAGAAUAGCCUAGAAUUAAACUCGAAGUGACAGUAUUGAGAGGCCUAUAAAAGAGUGAUUCACAAAGUUAAGAAGUGCCUUAGCUGUUCUCUUGUCGUCGUCAUUGUUGGAGGAGCUUCUCUCCUAUAGACCGUGCUACCGCAUACUGUAUGCUUUGUUUAAAAAGCAUUUGCCAAUGAUCUAAUGUCAAACCCCUUGAAGAGAACUGGCAAAUGCGCGUAGUUGUAGUCUUUCCUGUCGUGUGCGAGGUCCGAGUUAUGGAGAUUGUGUUAGUUUAGUUAUGCUUCUCUUUUGUUACAUCAUUUUUAAUAAGUAUUUUUUUGUGACGGGCUAUAGCUUGGUGCUCUUCAGUGAGCGAGGCAGUUUCCUUUGGGGUUUUGUUGUAUAGUUUAUUGAAUCACACCUAGAGUGGAUAGAAAUGUGAAUACACAGUCGUAGCCCAACACGUAGCGUUUGUCCUUUUUAAUAAGCCGAAUCUCAUUCAAUAAGCUCUUAAGUGAAUGCAUGCAGUACUUCUCACGGUGUUUUCAUGUCAAUUCCCUGUGAAUUCAUAUCCUGUUUACCCAUCUACUGACUCAUGUAUUUACUCAGUCCAUCGGACCAACAUUUUGCAAAUGCACUUUUUCCUUAAAGAAAAUUCCACCAAAAAUGUUAUUUUGCUAUUUGCUUAUGAUGCUAAAUGUAGCAUCAUCUGAUGCAAAAUGCAUCAUACCCGGUUGUUUUUCUGUGUUUUGAAAGGCUUCCAUCUCGAAAACUGGAUUUGCUGACAUGGAAAGAAAUGUAGGACUAUAUCACAAGUUAGUCCUAUAUAUAUAUGACUUCAACAGGGGACUAAAACAAAUACCAAAAGAGAGUUUUUGGAUGGAGUUUUUCUUUAAUCGAGUCUCCCAAAAUUAGUUAAUUCUAAACUGCAUUAGUGAAACUCAGUAGGCCAUGAUAGUAUUGUUUGUUUUAUUAAGUGUCAUGUCAGGGAUGUUUUAAUCGGACUUUCUUUGUGAAACUGUGUGGGGAAAAAAACAUUCAGUGUUCCCCUUACUCGAUACAUUUGGUGGAGGCUUCACGAACUCUGAAAUUGUAAGCCAGUAUUUGGGGCAAGUAGGACAAAUGUCCAUUUAUUGCUGUUUUUCACGAUUUUAAUUGUUUAACGGUGUUAUAAAUCUGUGUUUGGUUUUGAUUGUGCCAGGCCCACCCAUUUCCCAUUCGAAAAUGGGUGACUCGUUUCAAACCAAAUGAAAGGGAAGCUAGACAAUAUGCAAUCGGCAUAUUUUGUCGGUCCUCAACGCUCCAACGGUAUGGAUGUCAUCGCGUCACAUUAAUGUCACUUGCAUUAACUUUAAUAACACAUGUGCAGUGAUAGUGUUUCGGCGGUUGUGCCCAAUGAGAUGACUUGGAGCAGGGUUAGCUUUGAGUUGUCCUUUAACCAGUUAUCAUGAAACCACGUGUUAUAGCACCCUCCAAAAUGUUCAGGUGAAUUAUCCAGGCCAUUACUAUUGCUUAUCUUUGGUACAAAACACCUGUAAAUAGUGGUGUCAUACUUCUACCAUAUCAGUUACCGAAUAUAAGUAAUUAACAUGUAUUACGUUUGAAUAUUUAGGUUUGAAGCAUAUUUGAAAGAAAUAUAUUGAAAUAUAUCUUGACACAUUGUUUUGGGUUAUAUAUUCUGAUUUUAAUUAUGCUGGAAAUGGAUCCGAAACAGACGCUGACUAAAUGAGCUUAGAUGUGAAACACGUCUAUUGACAAGUGCCACAGCAGCUUUGCGUCAGUGGGCCAAGUCAUUUCUAGUUUUCAUGUUAAUGCCCUGAUGUGUAAGUAAUAAGCUAAGCUUUAUCAUUAUCACUAGCAAGCGUUCCUUUCUUGUAUUGGUUUUAAUUGACCCGCAAUGAUUGAGGAAGCGGAGGCAGGCUCAUCUACGUUUUAAAAUCCAGCUCUGAAUCUAGUUGUCCAUGAUGACAUACUGAUUGGCCAACAUUGGCCCCAUUCACCUACACAGAUGUGUGUCUGUCAAAUUUGAGUAGAGAUUAUCAAUAGUCUUGACACAAGUGUCUUUCAGCAAAGCUCCAUUGUUGCUACCCUACCAAGGACGGUGACGACAGAGUUGACCAAUACUGGGACUGACUGGUAUCUAGACUAGCCUGUAUAUUUUAAGAUUAUAAAAUGUAUUAUCUGAGCAGAAAAUAGAUUCCUAUACAGAUAUGCUUUAUCCAUAGGGAUGGGGAAAGCACUUUCUUUUCUUUCAUUUAUUUGAAAUCAUGUUGGCAAAAUUACAUGAAAAUAUAUUCUCAGCUUGGAGAUUCUGGUUCUGUUUUUUUAUAUUGCGAGAGGAGGCAGUUUGAAAGUGAUACCAGAGGAGUGUUUGAGGUAUGAAAAUAACGUAUGAUUCGAAGAGAGGGGCAUUUAAUAAUCAGAUAAAAGUCCCCCAAAUGCACUAGCCAACACAUGAUACUUCAUACUGGCCAGACAUGUUGACAACAAGUUAAGGAACAAAUUUCAACCGUUCAGAAACACUCCUUCAGUGAAUAACCAACCUUUGUAGAUGGAACAAUGAUGUCUUUGGAAAGUGUUCCUUUAUGGUGCCUAGGGUUUGUUUUUAAUUAGAUCUUAUUUUUUAAAGUAAAUUGAUUUGUCUGUCCAAGUGUUUGUUUGUUUAUCUUUGUUAAUGAUAACCUUACAGAAUCUAUAAAAUAAGCUAGCUUGAAUAUUUUCCUUCAUACAGAAAAGUACAAAUGUUUACGAUAUCUAAAUAACCAAAUAGCAAGUAUGCGUUUGAGAGCCAAUCUGUCUGUCCCGAAAAGGGACUCCGAUAGAUUGAUUUGAUUUCUUUUUUUCCUUUGUCAUUUUAAACUUGAAAAUGUUAUGACUGCUUGUUCUUUUGUUUUUGAUUAUUUUUUUGUACUUGUCAAACAGUGCUCCCUCUAAAAAAAGAAAAGAGGAAAAAAAAGAAUUGUUACCGUCUUCUGCUUAGAACAGAAUCGACGAAAUCAUUUUUUGAAUGGCCCCCGGGCAGAAUGGUCUGCAAUGGGCCCUCUUCCCUGAGUGGCUUAAAAUCCUUGAUCUCUGUUCCUUUACCUUCUGUACUGCCGACUACUUCAUCUUAGACUGAGCCUUGUGUAUCCACGGCUGAAUCUUAACUUUAGAUAAAGGCUUAACCUUGCGUUUUUUUAUUAUUUAUGUCAAUGGGACAUUUUGAGUUGCUCUUGCAGAUCUCAGUUAGGAUUUGGCCGUAGAUUGCACCCUAGAUGAUUUGGGAGGCUUUAGUUUUAAGGCUUUUCUAGUUUGAAAGAGAGGGAGGUGCACACUAAUUGGUGAAAAAUGUAUGUCUACAGUCUUGGGUUGAGUCAACUAUUAAAUUAAUUUGGAAAUGUGUGAAAGUGAAGAGGCAUGUAUUUCGAUUUUGCACUAAGUCAUUCUCGUCUCACUACACUCUAAGUUAAAGACGUUCCGUGACUUGCUCUCUGUCAUUCAAAACGUUUUUUUAUUUGUUCAGUCUUAUUUGUAAAAUGGGUUGACUCCAUUUAAAAGUAUGCUUUCAUUUACUUCUAAAAGUUGAUCUAAUCUAUGUAACCCUUCAAUCAGGGUUGGGUAGUAACGGAUAAGGUGAAUGCACCAAUUUGUAAGUCGCUCUGGAUAAGAGCGUCUGCUAAAUGACUUAAAUGUAAAUGUAAAUUACAUGUAACUGGCAUUGCGCAAUUUAAUUACAAAUACAUGAAGUAGGCCUAACUGUAAUCAGCCCGGAUUACAUUUUUUUAAAUAACAAUAAUAAUGUAAUCAGAUUACAGUUACAUUAUUAAAAACAUCUGAUUUACAUUUGUGAUUACUUCAUCUAAUAUCAAGAGAAAGAAAAGGAUACAGCUUUGUCAGCAUUGCUAUCAUUUAGCACACCCUCAAGACUUCUCCCUUGCUCUCAAAUAUGCUAAUGUUCUGCUGAUCGCCCAUCAAGGGUGGGUGGCUUCUUUUGUAUUCAAACGGGUUUAGUAACUAGGUAAGGCUUCCAAAAGAUUUUCCACCUAGCCUUCUGAUCAAUCAGACAGUCGUCUGGACUCAACAGUGUACCCGGGUGCUGCUUUGUAGCAGUGCACUUUGGCUUUGUGUGCUCCUAGCGGGAGAGAGAAAUGCUCUCUGAUAGCUGUCUGGGCAAUAAACAAAAAACACAGUCUUGAAAGCAACCACUGUUGUUACUCUAGAUGAGAAGAGGAUCCCAGCUUUCUGUAGGUUUACUCUUUAUAUUGAACAAAGGGCACUCACGUCGGCGAUUCAAUUCCAAGUUGAUUGCGUAGGCUUACUCAUCAUUAUUAGUAUUCAUUAAUUUACUGAUUAAUAAUCAAUUACACAGGUAUAAUUAGAAUGUAGAUUUAGCAACUAGCUAACCACAUCAUCGGGUGUUGAAUGAGCCCCAAAUGAUGUAGCCUAAAGUGCCCAAAAUGAAAAAAAUGAAGAUUCGGGAACCCUAUUGUAACAGUAAACUAAUAACAAUUGCCUAAUAGUCAAACUCAAAAUUCAUCACAAUGACUGGUUUAGAUUGCACAUCAAAAUAUCUGGAAUCAUGCAUUCCUGCUUGGACAUGUUAGAUUAAACAAAUGUAUUUCUUGAAUCAUACUAAUACACCUCCUUUUUAAUUAAGCAUUUUGAAUGACUAAGUUAAUUAGGCUACACAUUCUCUCUAUUGCGUGACCAAAUCAUGGGUGGGUGCCCCAACUAAAACCAUUAGCAUGGAGCCUGCUCUAAUACAUUAGAAUAUAGAACUUGUGAAUUAUGGUCCCCAAUUUGGAAAUAGUUAUGUUGCUAAAUUAAUAAUGUAUGUUAUUUAGCAGACAGAUUUUAUCCAAGCGCCAUGCUCUACCAACUAGGUGCACUUUAAACAUUUUUAGAAAACAUCUAGGUGUUAAAAUAUAUUUUUUAAACUAAGUCAUCUGAUUACUCAAAAUGAGUAAUGUAAUCCGAUUACUGAUCAUUUUUCAUGUAACUGUAAUCUAUAACUGAUUACAUUUUAAAUUAUCUGGCCAACACUGCCUUCUAUGUAGAGUUCAUCCUAAGUGGCUGUGUAUGUGAUCAUGUGACUGUCAUUAGAAUGCAGGUCAGGUACAGUACAUUUUGACAAACCUUUCUUUGGAGAAAACAAAGUACAGUAUGAUAUGAUUCUUAUUGUUCUGAGAUGUGGUGUGAAGUUUUUCCCUUUUUCAAAACGGUGACUGGAAAUUAACGGGACAGUCUGAUAAAGCUACUCUAAACCAAAGUGCAAUUGAACUCAGAGGGAGCACUGUCUGUGAACCAGUGGGAGUCUACUGGUUGUGAUGUGCACAAUCCUUAUGUACGUAAAAUGAUUAUUCUCUCUUCUUUCCCCAAUCGGUCUUAAUUCAGAUGCAACAUUUUGUUUCUUUCGUUUUCUGUGUACAGCUUGCUUUGGAGUUGUUUGUCUCAAACAGGUACUCUUACUUCUGUACUGUUAUUUCCUAAGGUUGAUGAAAUUAUUUUAAAAAAUCUAUAAAAGAUGUAAGAAAAAGAAA